CCUGUUUGUUUUUGGAGUCUGAAAUGAAGUAAAUGGUCUCCUCCUAUUUUGUGAGUAGAUAAAGACAGACCACGGACCACGGACCACCUCUCCUGCAUGUUGACUUGCAUAUCUUUAGGGCUUUGUCUCAUUGCGACAACAAGCUCUUCAUUCACUUCCUCCGGCUCAGCGUGUUUGGUUGUCGUCGGUGACGCUGUUGCUAGGCACCGUAGAUGGCUGAAAACAUUCGGCUCUCCAUAGCGUUGUGCAGGAUUGCCUUUUACACGUGUUUCCGAAAGCUGUGCUGUAAAGGUCCCCCAUCUCCUAGACCAGAGUAUGAUGUGGUGUGUAUUGGACUCAGUGGUGCUGGCAAAACCAGUCUCGUUUCGCGGCUCAGCAGCGAAGGUCUCGAUGAAAUUGUACCCACUGCAGGUUUCAGCAUCAAGGCAGUGGCUUUCCCGAACGCAGUACUGAAUGUGAAGGAACUUGGAGGGGCAGACAAUAUCAAGAAAUACUGGAGCCGCUACUACCAGGGCUCUCAAGGAGUAAUAUUUGUUCUUGACAGUACUGUUUCCGAUGAGGAGAUGGAAGCUUGCCGAUCUGAGCUCCAUUUGGCCCUGCAGCACCCUCAGCUUUGCACACUCCCCUUCCUCAUCCUUGCCAACCACCAAGAUUCACCAGCUGCCCGUUCUGUCCCAGAGAUAAAGACGUAUUUUGAAUUGGAGCCACUGGCAAGAGGGAAGAGAUGGAUCCUUGAGGGAAGCUCAAUAAACAACAUGGAGGCUGUGAGGGUGAGCUUCAGUCAGCUCAUCAGCCUUUUGGAAGAAAAGGAGUUGCAAAGCAUCAGGAUAUGAUUGAGGACAAAAGUUCAAAGAAGAAAAACAAAAAACAAAAAACAAAACAAAAAAAAAAAACCGAAACAUUUGUCCAGAUAGACAAAACAAUGAAUUUGUGUAUCUGUGGGAGUGUUGUUUAUCUGAAGGAAAUGCAGGGGUGUUUUAUUAUUAUUUUUUACCUCACCUUCAAAAGAUGUUCUUAAUCACUGAACAGAAAAGACAGAACACGGACCCUUAAACCAGCCACACGAGUCAUCACAAACUUGUGGUCUGGGAUCAGAUGUUUUUUGUAAUAGAAAAAAUGGAGUAUUAAAGAGAUUUUUUGUCAAUAUCCAAGAAAUAUUUUUAUCUGAUUAGUAGGUAAAUAAGCAUGUGUAGUGUAGAUCUUUUAUUGUAAAGCUUUAAGGUACAAAUUGCAAUUUACUACUGUUACCACUCUGUAACAUUGUUUGUUGUUUAAAAGUAAAAAAAAAUUAUUGUAUGUCCAAAUACAUUAAUGUUGGUUUUGUGUACUAAUGUAUUCUUCAUUAGUAUCCAAAUGUAUGUAUAUAAUUAGAAUAUUCUCUUUUAUAUAGCUAUAAUAUUCUCUUCUCUUAAGAUGCUUAUAUACAGGCGCAUUUGGUGAUACUGUUAAUUUUACUGUUUCCAAAGAUGAUACACCCCUUUACUAGGGAAUGCUUGGGCUGUUUCAGGUUUGGUCUGGAAUACAAACUCUAUCAAUCAGUGGCUACAACAGCUGCAUUUGACAAGUCCCUGUCCACUAGUCUAAUGCCUUCCAACUGUCUAUGUGGACCCCUCCCUGUCUGACACCUCGUUUUCUGGCCCGCCACUUUUUGAGCACCCUUACUCUAUGCUUCCCAACAGUAUUAUCCAAAUUACUCUCUGUAAAUUUAGAUUACUGUCUCUUUCAAAUGUGUGAUAUUUUAUGUCUCACAGGUGUCUCAUAAGACCUUUUUAAAGUUGUGCAUCUGAGCUGUUCAAACCUGUGGGUCUUCAUAUGAGCUGUGGGUCUGAAUAAACAAUUAAUUAAAUAUGUUUUACUGAUAAACAAUCACCACAUCAUUUUGUUUAAUGAAUGCCUUUUUUUUUUUGUCAGAUUUAUCUGUUUCAGGAAAAACACGUUUUCAAUAUUUGCAUAAAAAUAUUUUGCAAAUGCUUUGCUUUUCUCAUGUUAAUUAGAAAGAAAAAGUCUAAUGAAAACUAUUUCAAAACUCCACAGCAGUCACUACUGAUUUCCUUCUUAUACUGUAACCCUUAAUCAUCAAUAAUUAUCUUACAUUUAAUAAUAACUUUUGAAAAUAAUCUUCAAAGCUAUGUUCCCUGUGAAAGUCUAUGCUUCUCAACACCUUUCCAACUAAACUGACUGAACCCAAAAUGCACGGACCUGCAUAGAUAAGAACCUAACCUCCUGAUCUACCCUACCUUCACUGCAUCUUUUUUUCUUCUUCUUUCCCUCCCUUUUCAAACUGCCCAUGUUGCUUUAAUACAAUGUGUGUCACACAGGUUGCCCUAGCGACUCUUUGAUCCAGUUUUCCGCCCUCCCCUACGUCUGUGGCUGACGCGCCUCUCCAGUCUGCUGCCUGAGAAAGACCUGUGCCCCUUUCUCUCUCUCUCGCUCUCUCUUUCGGUCUGCUUCCCUUUGGUCACGCCGAAAUAGCCCACCCUCAAAGCGGAGGAGGUGCAUCGAGACAGCCUCAACCUGCUGGAGAGAACACACGAGGGCCCUUCUCUUCCCUGGUGAGGCACAGUGUGAUCAUGUAAACAGGAUUGUGUGACCCUUUCACCAUCAUUUUAUUUUCUUACAAGAAUCCAUAUUUCCUUUUUCUAACAUUAUGAACUGUAGCUAUAUAUACAGAUUUCAUUAAAAAAAAAUAAAAAAUAAAAUUGUGGU